AUGCAGCCUCACUUGACGCUCACCUGCCUGAACCCCCAUGCUCUCCUUCCCAUCAUGCUCUCCUUCCCAUCAUGCUCUCCUUCCCAUCAUGCUCUCCUUCCCAUCAUGCUCUCCUUCCCAUCAUGCUCUCCUUCCCAUCAUGCUCUCCUUCCCAUCAUGCUCUCCUUCCCAUCAUGCUCUCCUUCCCAUCAUGCUCUCCUUCCCAUCAUGCUCUCCUUCCCAUCAUGCUCUCCUUCCCAUCAUGCUCUCCUUCCCAUCAUGCUCUCCUUCCCAUCAUGCUCUCCUUCCCAUCAUGCUCUCCUUCCCAUCAUGCUCUCCUUCCCAUCAUGCUCUCCUUCCCAUCAUGCUCUCCUUCCCAUCAUGCUCUCCUUCCCAUCAUGCUCUCCUUCCCAUCAUGCUCUCCUUCCCAUCAUGCUCUCCUUCCCAUCAUGCUCUCCUUCCCAUCAUGCUCUCCUUCCCAUCAUGCUCUCCUUCCCAUCAUGGCUCCGCGCCAUUCCCUCCUCUCAUCACCCUUCUCAGGUCAGUCUCAGGUCAGUCUCGGGUCAGUCUUAG